ACGUCAUGCACGCGGAGCAGAAACGAAAAGCCAGGUGCUGGUGGGCCAUUCUGACGCUUCUGACAUUGCUGUCUUUACUGCCUUCUUCCGCUUUCCGAAUGCAAUACUGUACAUAGGUAGCGUGCGUUCGCUGCGGGCACGGCUCUACUAGCCCUGGCGAGGAUAGGAGAGAGUCUGAAGGAAACAUCGGAUUGUUAGCAGUUGAUAGUGUGGUCGAUGCUCAGCAACUGCCAUGGGACAAGAAGCCAGUACUGCUGGCGUGGCUGCGGCUGGUAGCAGUGGGGGUAGUAAUCGAGAAUCGAAGCGAGGGCCCGUGCAAAUACUGAGCACCAAAGUCAGAAACAACUUCCAAUCGACCCGAAGAUCGAGCCAAGCGGGUAGCCAAGAUUCUGAACGCCCGCUGCCACGCGCCCCAGGAAGCAGUCAGGAGGGAAAGGCAGCGUGGGGCAAAGAAGACUCUGGCCAUGGUGGAGAAGUGGAUGCCACGAACGGUAUGGAGCAGGACCAGCUAGUAGUGGUGAUUCACGACUUCCUCGCCGAGGGUGAAGGCAUGCUGAAGGUGAAUAAGGGCGAUGAGCUGCGAGUUCUCAAGUACAACGACGAGGGAGACUGGUGCCAGGUUCAGGCACGUCGAGGAGAAGUUGGUUGGGUGCCAAGCAACUAUCUGACCAGAAUAAGCAGUUUGGACACACAUACCUGGUAUCAUGGAAAAAUUUCCCGGAACGAAGCCGAGUAUCUGCUGAAGAGUGGCAUCAACGGAUCGUUUCUUCUGCGCGAGAGCGAGUCCAUGAUGGGCCAGCACUCAAUAUCGCUGAGAUACGAAGGUCGCGUCUAUCACUAUCGUAUCAACAUGAUGGAAAGCGGUUUCUACUAUGUGACGCAGGAGGCACAGUUCCGUUCUCUGCUGGAUCUCGUCGUCCAUCACUCAAGCAAUCCGGACGGGCUGACGACGACGUUGAAGUUUCCGGCGCCAAAGAGAGACGCUCCCGUUGUGUUUGGCACACCUGAUCGUUGGGAAAUAGAACGGACGGACAUUGAGAUGGGUCAGCGGUUAGGUGGAGGACAAUACGGCGAAGUAUACAAAGCACACUGGAAGAGCGUCAACCGGGUGGUUGCGGUCAAGACAUUUAAAGAGGACACAAUGGAGGCUGACGAGUUCCUGAAGGAAGCAGGCGUAAUGAAACAGGUCAAGCACAAGAACCUCGUACAACUGCUCGGCGUGUGCACGCGAGAGCAGCCGUUCUUCAUCGUCGCCGAGUACAUGCCGUACGGGAACUUACUGGACUACCUGAGAGGACCUGAAGGCAGCACGCUGGACCCCACCACACUCAUGUACAUGGCUACUCAAAUUGCAGAUGGAAUGGCCUACCUCGAGUCAACCAACAUGAUCCAUAGAGAUCUGGCUGCGCGGAAUUGCCUCGUUGGUGAGAGCUAUCGGGUCAAAGUGGCUGACUUUGGACUUUCUCGUUUGGUCAGCCCGUCAAAUGAGAUUUAUGUUGCCCGGGAGGGUGCAAAGUUCCCUAUUAAAUGGACAUCACCUGAGGCCCUAGCAUACAACACAUUCUCAACACAAUCGGACGUUUGGUCAUUCGGCGUUCUCCUUUGGGAGCUGGCAACGUAUGGCAGUUCUCCUUAUCCUGGAGUGGAACUCUCUGCAGUGUACGAGCGACUGGAUGAGGGAUAUCGCAUGGACCAACCAACCGGCUGCCCCAAUGAAGUAUAUGAACUGAUGCUGGCAUGUUGGGAGUGGCAUGCCGAGGAUCGGCCAUCAUUUUCUAUGUUACUCGAGCAGCUCACUAACAUGUUCAGCGAUAUGGACGUGAACAGCAACGGUAGUUCAGGGGCACCAGCAGGAUCGCGAGCACUCCCUCCACUGCCUUCAGCUUCAUCUGGUCAACGUCCCAGUGCUGGUGCCGGACCAGGCAGACCAACACAACCAACGAGUCGGCAAACGCGUGCCAGCCCAUCACCGGGAGCUAGCAGCACUCCUGCUCCGCGAAUACCACCCCGGAGAGGAACGUCGGACAACAUUUCAAGCAAGCCGGGGAUCAACGGAAUGGGAGAAUCACUGGAUCAAGCAGCACCUGUGCCGUUGCCAAAAGACGGAGAAGCAGCUGUACAGAGACCGCAACGUCGCCCACCUCCACGCCCUAUUGAAGAUAAGCCAGCAGCUAGUUCUGCAUCAGGUGACUCCGUCCAGCCACAAGGGCAACUGCAACAGAGAUCUGCAACGCCUCCCGUCAUGUCGCGAUCACAACCUGUCGCGCCCGCGUCUUCGAAUCUGGUUGCACAAAGCCGCGCGCGCUUUACUCAAGUCAGCUCAAGCGUAACGCGGCCCGCCGCCACACCGCCCCUUCCUCCGACUCCGGAACCCACUCGAAAAUCAUCUGUAGCAGAAGAGGCACCCCGCGCAACCGCAAGAAGAUCCCCGCCAACCAGAAGCUCCAUUAGUUCUAAUGCUUCAGGAGACUCGGUCAUCAAUCGGCUCGAGAAGCUUGUUGGCACACUGCAUGCGGACAAUCCUAUUGCCGGUGGGUCUCAACCGACACGCCAAGCUAUCACUCAAUUCUGCAGCACGUCGUCCAGCGUCGGUGAAACUGCCAAAGAACUAAGUGAGAGUAAUCGCCUGUUCGGUGCUGGAAAGGUGACAUUAGUGAAGUUCCGCGAUCAGAUCAACACCGUGAAGAACAUCGGCGAGCGUACCAACAAAGGAGUUGUGACAAGCUCGGACGAUCUCCGCAACCUGGCGUCCACUAUCCAAAAAAUAUUGACAACGGCACAGAAAUUUGUGGAUAAUGUUGAGAGGUAACUACCAGAAACUCUUUCAACGGUGUACAUGAAUAGUAACAUAUGGAUUUGACUAUAAUUAUGUUUAUUGCUGCUUUAGAAAAACACUUCAUCUCCGACGCAAUGAUUGAUAUGGGAGGGUUGAUUGUACAAAAUCUUGCUGAUUAGAUGAUGCUAUUCAUAUUAUAGUCUUGAGAUUGGUGCCAGAAUUUAUUGCAUGCACGGUCCUGGCCGAUCUUCUUUCCACAUUGCAAUGAAGAGUUGGGGAUACAUUGCCGUAUUUUGGCUUAUUCACGAAUGAAGGCUUGGCGAUACACAUCACAUUUUGCCUGCCCGCGUAUUUUCAAUGACUCCUCCUUGCUGGCUAUAUUAGGCUCACCUUGCCUUUCUCCUUGGGGUGUCGCAAGACAUCUCUGCAUUCAUCUCUGUCUCUCUGUCUGUCUCUGUCUCUCUCUGUCCGUCUGUCUCUCUCUCUCUCUCUGCUGUGUGCCAUCUUAAACUUGGAAACAAACUACUGUGAUGAGUCAAAAAUGCCAGCCCCCUUUCAACCAAAUAUGACUUCUAUUGACACAACCUAUAUAUUGCUACAUUUUGAUAAUUGUAUCUGUCACGCCCGC